AUAAAUAAAACGACAAAAAUAUCAGAUGUAAAUAUGGUCAUUAUAGUUAUAAUAUUUAAUGUCAAAAUGUAUAUUUUAAAAGUGAGAAUAUUCUCAGUGUUUAAGUGUAAAGUAGCUGCUAUUGGAGGGCCCUGCUUGGGCGUCGUGACGUCACAGCUGCAGCGUGUGGGACCCUGCAACCUCCUCUCCUCCUCCUCCUCCUUCUUCUUCCUCCAGUCCGGGGAGAUACAAGUUAUGAAGGAGGCAGCCUCGGCAAGGGCCAGUCAUCUUUUUCUGCACCUCCAACGAGCCCCUUCAUCCUUCCUGUAUGGUGGAUAUUAUUUUCAGCUCUUCUUUCUUGGGUGAUAUGGGGGAUCAUUCCAAAAAGAAGCCAGGAUUCGCCAUGUGUGUGGGAUGUGGAAGUCAGAUCCAUGACCAGUACAUACUGAGAGUCUCCCCGGACCUGGAGUGGCAUGCUGCCUGCCUCAAGUGUGCAGAGUGCAGCCAGUACCUGGACGAGACCUGCACUUGUUUUGUCCGGGACGGAAAGACCUACUGCAAGAGAGAUUAUGUCAGGCUUUUUGGGAUCAAAUGUGCAAAGUGCAACCUGGGCUUCAGCAGCAGCGACCUGGUGAUGAGGGCCCGGGACAACGUCUACCACAUCGAGUGUUUCCGCUGCUCCGUGUGCAGCAGGCAGCUCCUGCCCGGAGACGAGUUCGCUCUGCGGGAAGACGAGCUCCUGUGCCGAGCCGACCACAGCCUGCUGCUGGACAGAGGAUCCGCCGGGAGCCCCAUCAGCCCCGGACACAACAUGCACUCCAACAGAACCCUGCACCUGGCAGACCCGGUGACGGUUCGGCAGGCCCCGCACCGGAACCACGUCCACAAGCAGUCCGAGAAGACGACGCGAGUGCGGACGGUGCUGAACGAGAAGCAGCUGCACACGCUGCGCACGUGCUACAACGCCAACCCCAGGCCCGACGCGCUCAUGAAGGAGCAGCUCGUGGAGAUGACCGGCCUCAGCCCGCGGGUCAUCCGGGUGUGGUUCCAGAACAAGCGUUGCAAGGACAAGAAGAAGUCGCUGCUCAUCAAGCAGCUCCAGCAGCAGCAGCACAGUGAUAAGACUGUAAGCAUCUUCAACCUGCAGGGCCUGACGGGAACACCUCUCGUUGCUGGGAGUCCAAUCCGACAUGAGAGCACAGUGCAGGGGAACCCAGUGGAGGUUCAGACCUACCAACCUCCAUGGAAGGCCCUCAGCGAGUUUGCCCUGCAGAGUGACCUGGACCAGCCCGCCUUCCAACAACUGGUGGGUGUCUUUCUCUGAGUCGGGCUCUCUGGGCAACUCAUCCGGAAGUGACGUCACAUCCCUAUCCUCUCAGUUACCGGACACCCCCAACAGUAUGGUACCAAGUCCUGUGGAGACGUGAAACGAACUCCUCCGAUCUGACCUAUGACACCCCACCUCCCCCUGCAAAUACAAUUGCAGCAUGCCCCCCUCCCCCUCCCCCUCCCCCUUCCACUCCAUCAUUGCAUGUGACCAGCUCAUCACAUCAACCAGAACAUGGAAAGGAUUUUUUUUUUCUUUUUUGAAAUAUCACGGAGAAGACGACUGAUGGAUGUUGCAUGAAGAAAGAAGAAGAUGUACAGAAGAUCAUUUGUUUUCCCUCCAAAGUGGAUAUACAACUUUAAUAUUCCAUCCUGAGACUUAACAGGGGAACAAUUCGGGAACACUUUACGGACUUCCUUCACAUUUCAUUGUGAUCUUUUUUUUUUUGGUGUCUUGUUUCUUCCACGUGAGCUUUUUUUUUUUUAAAACGUCAAAAAACAAACUCUUUGUCUUAAAAGCCGAGCAUGAACAAAAAAAAAGAAGAAAAAAGCAAUUUAUUCGUGUUGUAAAAUACAAGCUUGUUAAGCUUCUCGAACGAAAAAAAAACACUAAAUUAUUGUUAUAUUAUUUAUUGUCGAUUCGUAAAGGGAAUAUUAACUGAUCUAAAUAAUGAUAAUGAUAAUAAAAAAAGCUGAAUACACAACAGUGUUUGCCCCUGAAGUGCAAGAUUUAUUUAUUUCAUGUUUAAUUUAAAUUGCUAUGUAUUUAAAUGUUAAAAAUAAAAACCUACAUGUUCAUAAAUGCCGGUUAACUUCCGACAGCAGCUCUGGUCCUUGCAAAACGUGCAAAAAAAAAAAAGCGCCAAAAAGUGUUGCAAUGAAUGCUGUUGUUCCUGUCCUAUCAAGUAAUUCCUCGUAUGCUGGAGCCUGGAGCUCGUGUUGUAUAUUACAGCCUUCAUCUCACUCCUUAAUGUGACAGCAGCACACGGCUUGUCCUUUUAUUUUUUUUUUUUGCACUUAAAUUGCGCUCAGUCCAGUUCCUCUGGUCUGUGCAGACGGCGUCCAGCUUAUCUGCUUCUGGCAUCACCUGAUACACACACACCGAAGACUGAGACCCACAACAAAAACACCAAACAUCCCCCCUUUGCGAGGAGACAGCCUGCAGCAAAUGAAGGGCGCAACAUUUCUCCUCUUUGCUCUACUUUCUUCAGUUAUCUCAUCAAAAGCGUGCAGCUCAUGCACCAUCAUUAUGUUGACAAAUGCGAUUUAGACAAAAAAAAUGGACCUUUAGAAGACAAAAUGUUAACGAAAGUCAAGCCAGAUUUUGGUGCUAUAGUCAUAUUUUAAUAAAACAGCAGCCAUUAUAAAACAAAAUGUGCCUUUUUUGGGGGAAAGAGAUACAAAUCUCAGUGUUUUAAUUGUUAGAUUGAAAGACAGAGGGCAGAUAACGCAUUAGUAAUUGGGCCUUUCCCCCCCAAAUAAGAUAAGUAAACAAUGCAGGUAGAUUAAGAUAAGGGGCGGAUAAGUGCGGAAUAACAAUGGUGCUUAAAAAGCAAGAAUGCACCAACCCUAUAGAAACAGAAACACCACUUGCCGCCAUUAAAUGACAAGACAUGUUAUUUCAUACGGGAAAAAAAUUAAAAAAAAACAAUUUCCUCAGUUUUUCUCUCCUAAAUGCUUGUAUUUAAUUGAUUAUUUAACAUUUAAUGCCGGGAGGGUCAUUGCAUCCAGGGGCCCACCGGCGGGCGCAUUGACAAAAACAAGAAGCAAAAUAAACAGUCGCACGCACGCACGCACGCAAACCAUAAACAGCUAACGUGACUCUCCCCGCCGUCAUUACGUCAGACGCGCUCAAGUCUUUUAUUGCGCAAUUCCAUAAUCUAUUAACGCUAUUUAACAAGCUCAAAUGUGCGCGCUCCCGCGCCCAAGAGCGUGCGUGUCAGGUUGCAAGUGGACGUGUCAGAGAGCGACACACCUAUACGUGUCAUCAAUGAUUGAGAGGCGAGAGUCCGUUUAAAGGAGUGACGUCAUCCGCUAAUUGCUAGCAGGGCAAUCAGUAAUGAGAUCAGCUCGGGCCACGCCCACCUGUGUCGUCAUAUUUGUUGUCGUUAUUCCGUCAAUUGUGUGAUAUUUUAGCAUUCCAUCACAGAAGCUCAUUGAUCGAUCAAUUAUUCCCAAAUUAAACCAAAAUGCUUUAAAAGAAAAGAACCCCUCCCAAAAUGUGUUGACGCCAGAAAUAACAUGAAUUUAUAAAAAUAAAUCUAGUAAAAUAAUAUAUGAUAAUGUCAUAAUAAUAACAUAAGAAUUAGAAUACCACCAUAAUUAAACUCAGUAUAACAAAAUAUGAAUUAAUUACUCUUUAAAAAAACAUGUAUUUUUACACACAUGUAUUUUAAUAACAAACCAUUUUACUAAAGUAUUAUUUCAUCACUUUCAAUUUUAAAAUGAGAAUUUGUGUCAUAUAGCUGUGGGGUAUCUACUUUGUAAUUUAGUGAUCAAUGACCUUCAUUUACUAACAAUACAUUUGCAUGCCAUGCAUCUUUUUUUCUUACACUGUAAUUAUUAUAAUAGGAAGUUUUUAAAAAUGUAUUUUAAAUGUGCACUUGAAACAGCAGUGAAUGAUAUAUCACAUUUCGUGUGUAACCAUAACAGAACCCCACAUAACAUAUAUCAUGCAGCAUAUAUUUGCGACCCCGGGGCCAUUUACGGCCCAAGGCUGUUUUUUUUAGUGGCCCUUGCAGCAAAAAUCUACUCUAAAAAUACGAUUAAAAAGGAAAACUUAAAAAAAAAGAAGGGGGAAAAAAUGAGCAUAAAUUUAGAGAAUAAAGAAAAAAAAAUAAAGGGAAAAAAGGCAAACAAAACAAAAAACAAAGUUGCAAUUUUGUGGAAAUUAGGCUGGUUAAUUUUAUAACAAAGUCAACAUAUUACAAGAAUAAAAAUCAUAAUGUUAAAAGAAAAAGCGUAUGAGAAGAUUGAAAAAAAAGUAAAAAGGAGCAAAAAGGUGUCAUGUAAUGACACCAAGUUCACACUAACACGCUGAGUCACGCAUAAUGCAAAGCUGAGGUGCAGACUGUUGAUUUUUUUUCUUUAAAUAUAAAACACGUCUUUGCGUAUCUACAAGGGCUGGUUUAAAAAAAUGUAAACAUGGCCCCCGCAUCCUUUGAUUUUCAGUAUGUGGCCCCCGGUGGAAAAAGCCUGGACACCCCUGGCCUACAGCUUGUGGUUUUUGAAAGACAAAGCAGGAAAAGGACAAAAUGAUGAGCUCCAGUCCACUCCUCUAUAAAUACUGUAUAUAUGAUACUUUUACCUUUUGCAAUAUAGUGCAAUUCAAGCGUUUAAGGGGGAUAAAUGGCCGUGUUGUAUCAAUGUUGAACAUAAGAAAAAUAUGCAAACACGAAAAACGCAUGUUCUAAAACCCAAGUGGCCCAAGGUGAAGUUUUGUGUGAAGGAUUCCGAGUGAGUGCCACACUGACUGUGGUGGUCCUUUAUAUGGAGGACUGGUGGUGCGCUGCCAGCUGGGAGACAAACUCUCCUGACAGGCCUACUUAAUGCAGGGACAAAAAAGUGGGACUUCUUUUUUGAAAAGAAAGAAGUGAAGAAACAAGAAGGUUUUAAGUGAGGCUGGCAAAACACACACAGACAACAACAACAUAAGCCCAUACAGUCCUUCAAUGAUGUUGUUUCCAUAUGCAGUAUUACAUUCAAAACCCAACAAAACACAGUCUGAGGAUGAAGUCCCGCCUACGUUAUGUCCUCAAGUCAUAUCUUCUUUCCAGAACCUUCUCAUGCCCAUUGGUCUUCAAAUAUUCACCCGCCUAGGGUGUACCCCGCUUCUCACCCGGAGUCAGCUGGGAUAGGCUCCAGCUCACCCGUGACUCUAAUGAGGACAAGUGGUGUAAAAAAUGGAUGAAUGUUGAAUGUCAGAUCUUAUAUGACAGUAGGAGCUCUAAAGUGGAAUAUAAGCUGUUCAUAUUUUGAAACAAUUCCUCCCAUAGGAAAUCAUAGAUAUAGAAAUAAUCCAUUAUAAAACUGUAUUGGCUAUGUGAUAAACAUUGCUAACUGUCAAACAAGUGUAAAAAGAAGUUAACACUCAAGUCUUUGAUGACAUGCAGUAGGUGAAAUGAGAAGGGAUGGUGAUUUGUUGAUUUGUCCCUUAUGCAUGUCAUUUUUUAAAAACAAUUUUUAACAGCCACAAAGGUGUAAAAAGAAGUUAACCAUUGUAAAUACAGUAGAUCCCUGCUUUUUGCAGCGAUUACAUACCGGAACAAACAGCGAAUGCCGAAAAAAAUGAAUAAGCCCAUAAAAAUGUCUAUUACUGAUCUCCCCCAGCGCCCUGCCAACCUUGCUAGCUUGAAGUUGACGUUCUCCUCCGAUUUCAGAUAAUCGUUUUGAAUAAAAGUGACUGUUGGGUUUGUUAGAUUAUUUUCAGCUCCAGAAGCCUCCCCUUCUCUCUUUAACUGCCAUCGUUCACUCACAACACAAUCCAGGUUUAAGGCCUAAACAUGCCUCACACACUUAUCAAACACAUGUAAAGUACAAAAUGUAUAGGUACUCACCACUAAUGAAUGAUAAUGUAAGAUGAUCCAUGAUCAGAUGGAAUCGGCGUCACGGUACAGCCUUUAGCCUGGUUGUCAGGCUAGCGCAAGAGCACACUGCUUGCCCGUUGUCAUUCCAGCAAUGACUUAGCAUCAUAUAUGAACUUGUGUCUAGCUCGUUGCAAGUUUUGCCUGCUGAAGCUACAGUGCUUCUGGAGCAACAAACAAACUUUUGUGUCUCACAUGCAGCACACAAUUAUGGUGAAUUCAAGGAAUCUGAACGCUUGACAAAAAAGCAUUAUCAGCAAAGCAUAAAGACAAAAAUGUAAAAAUGGUGGGCUUUCUAACAGUGGUACAUGUAUGCUGUAGUUUACCUGUAUUAUCACAUAUUUAUAAAUGAUUACCGGCUUAUGAUGAAUGGGAUGUGUUUUCUGUGGAAAAAAAUUAUCCAUGUUCAGAGAAAAUAUACAAAUGUUAAAAUGUUACACAUGUUAAAAUAAAAUUUUGACCAACAACAAUUAUUAAGUGAAAAAACAAGUUAACCACUGUGAACGGCAAAAAUCCAACUCUCAGACUAGGGCUGCAACUAACCAUUAUUUUCUUAGUCCAUUCAUUUGAAGCUUGUUUCAAUUAAUCCAGUAAUCGGUUAGGCCGCGAGAUGUGCAACCCGGAAGAGUUUGCAGCUGUGGAGUGGGCGGAUUACACGUUCCCCAGCAUGCUUUGCUGUAGUUAAAAUGAUCACUUUUGACUGUCUUAUGCCGCUUCAAUAAUAAUAAUAAUAAUGGAUUAGAUUUAUAUAACGCUUUCUCAAGGCGCCCAAAGCACUUCACAAUGAAGUGAACUCAUUAUUCAUUCGCCCCUCAGUCACGCACUGGUGGUGGUAUUCUACACUACCACUACCACAGCUGCCCUGGGGUAGCCUGAUGGAAAAGUGGCUGCCAAUUCACACCUGUGUCUUGCAAGUGUCUUGCCCAAGGACACAAUGACACUCGAACUGCCACUUCAAGUACAGUCAGGGUUUAACAAUUAAAGUGGGGUCGUUUCUAGUCGUGUUAAGUUAAACUAUCGUUACCUUUGGUCUGAAUCUGGCACCCUUAGUAAGGAUAGUUGUGCAAUUCCUGCUACACGCAACAAAAAUAUCAAAAUCAAAAUAAAAAAAACCCUUCAGUUUUUGCCCCCAUUUUUUAUGACUCAACUCAAAGAUGCAAAACGUUCCGUAUGCACACAAAAGGCCUAUCUCUUUAACAUUGUUCACACAUGUCUAAGUCUGUUAGUGAGCAUUCAUCAUUCAUAAUCUAGCCACCUCACAGUCUGUGUGUCAUGUCAAGAUGCUGAUUAGACAGCACGAUUACUGCACAAGUGUGCCUUAGGUUAGCCACAAUAAAAGGCCUCUCCAAAAUGUGCAGUUUAACUGUACUGGGUGUGGUCCGGAGGGGUCCGAAAGCCAGUCAGUGUCUGCUGUGACCACCAUUUGCCACAAAUACCCUAUACACCGAUCCAGAACAUCCCAAACAUGCUUAAUGGCUAAUCAUUUCUUGUGUCCGACCUGUAGGUUGAUCAUUAAAAUUCAAACAAAGAUUUGAACAUUUUUGUGAGUGUUUAAACAAGAGAGAAAUGUGAGAAAAUGUUCGUGCCUGCCUGGUGAGGGGUCUUACAGCCUUAAAACAUAUAUAUAAAAAUUGCAAAAAAAUGAGUUGUCUACUUUGCAGAUUUCAUUUAUUGCGGGCUGUUUUGGGAACCUAUCCCCUGUGAUAAACGAGGGAACACUUUAUUUAAUUUUUUAAUCAUAAAACUGUUAAUCGAACACCAAAAUAGUCAUUGAUUAAUUGGACAAUGGAUGGUUCAGCUCUAACUCUGCUGCUAGUGCCCUCCUGUAUGCAGUAGUGUGUUGGGGGAGCAGCCUCAAGAAGAAGGACGACACACGCCUGAACAAACUGGUGAGGAAGGCAGGCUCUGUCAUUGGCACUGAGCAGGGCAGCCUGACAUCUGUGGCAGAGCAAAAAACACUGAGGAGGCUCCUUUCCAUCUUGGACAACCAGCAUCAUCCAAUGAACAGCAUCAUCUCCCAAGAGAGGAGCAGUUUCAGUGGCAGAUUACUAUCACUGUCCUGGAAAUAUGAAAUUCUCCCUUGGAGAUUAAUAAAGUAUCUAUCUAUGUAUCUAUGUAUCUAUGCAUCUGUCUGUCUGUCCAUCCGUCCGUCCGUCCGGCCAUGACACU